AGAAAUAUGAUUUUCAGAAAAACGUCUUAGAGAAAAUAACAAUAUUUAAACAUUUCUAAAUAAAACUAUUUUUAGUAUAACUUGUUUUUACUAAUUGGAUGAAUAUAAAGUUCUCAUAUUGUGUUACUUUUGGUUUUACCUGAUAAAAGAGGUAAAAAUGUCGCAAGCCGGUACGCUAAACCAAUAUAUUCAAAUGGUAGAAAAAGUUUAUAAAGCAGGAGAAGGGGAUGUGCUAGCACAAUUGCUUUCCCUUAGAGAUGAACAUGUCGAAAACAGAAACUUGCGCUCCAGUAACAUAGUUUCACUUGUUGAUGGGAAUUGUAUAGGUCCUAUAGAUGAGAUUAUUAUUUACCAUCUAUUAACUGUAAAGGCAUUACAUGAUAAAGACUAUAUGGAUGCAUAUGAGAACCAAAGUGCAUGCGUAGCCUCAGUUGUCAAGAUGUUGCAAGGACAAAAGGAUGAGAACUGGAGUUUACCGCUUAUGUACACUGUGUGCUUGGAUCUCCGAUUAGUUGCACAAAAAGCUGAAGGAUGUAAUCCUCAAGAUAAUGGAAAAAUAUUAGAAAAAGCAGCAGAGAGUCUUCUUGCUUGCUUCAGAGUGUGUGCAGCUGAUAACAGAACAGCUGAUAGUGACACAAAACGUUUGGGAAUGCUAACCCUUGUCAAUCAACUUUUAAAAGUUUACUUUCGAAUAAACAAACUACAUUUAUGUAAACCUCUCAUACGAGCAAUUGAUUCGUCACCAUUCAAAGAUCACUUCCCAUUAGCGCAACAAAUUACGUACAGAUAUUUCGUGGGACGAAAAGCUAUGUUCGAUUCUGAUUACGCAUCUGCUGAUGAGUACUUAUCGUACGCAUUUCAAAAUUGCCAUAGAGAUAGUAGGAAGAAUAAAAGACUGAUACUAACAUAUCUUAUUCCAGUGAAAAUGUUAUUAGGUUAUAUGCCAUCGAAAACUUUACUAGAGAAAUAUGACCUAAUGCAGUUUUGGGACUUAGUUUUGACUGUGAAAGAUGGUAACUUACGAGGUAUUGAUCAAGUUAUGGAAACACAUGAAAAUUUCUUUAUUAGAGCCGGCAUUUAUCUGAUUGUGGAGAAGUUAAAGAUAACCGCAUACAGGAAUCUGUUCCGUAAAGUGUAUUUAAUAGAGAAUACACAUCAAAUUGAGAUUGCAAGUUUUCAAGCUGCAUUACAAUUAGUGGGACAAGAUGAUGUUGAUUCAGACGAAACUCAGUGUAUAGUUGCCAAUCUUAUUUAUGAUGGAAAAAUUAAAGGUUACAUUUCGUAUCAGCAUAAGAAAGUGGUUGUUAGUAAACAGAAUGCUUUCCCACCGUUGACUAGUUUGUACCAAUAAAAAUAUUUUUAAACAA